AUGAGUCGACCGAGUGCUAAUGCCCUGCCUCUAGACGACAAGAUGUACGUUUGCAAGCGUGAAUCACACGCCUGUACUGGAACGAUUUCAAGUAAAAUAGAGUGGCCUUCGGUCCAAUGGUCAAAGUCGAGAACUGACCAAAUAAACGAACCCAGUUCAGGUGGGCCAGUGAAAAAGAAAGAAGAUAGGGAACAAUAUGCAGAUAGGCCAGAUGCAAGCUCACAGAGGACAGACGCGGAAAAUUUUCAAACCUUUUCGAUGGAACGCCCUAUAUAGUACCUUACUAGUGUCAUGGGUGAGUGUUUGAUUUUCUUUACGUGGGAGGCAUACAGCCUAUAGUUUGGAAAUUGCAGGUCGGGUUUGAAAUUAAUCGGUAAUUUAAAAACUCCUCAAGUAUGGAAAUUGGACAACGAUUGCUCACUGUAACCGUUUCUAGUUUUCUGCGCAUUCGUCAUUACUCCGUACUCCAUCAACGAUGACGGCUAGGGUACAACUAACUAUAUAGCGAAUCCAAGCACAAAGAUGUGCUCCUGGAGAGUGAAUGACGCGCAGGAUUCAUUUGGACUAAAUCGUCGUCUCUCUCGACGUGAGGUCGUCAUUUGCAUUUUAUCCCAUCAGAUUUGGUGCACUGGGUCCGGCGCAAAGUACUUGAGGAGACACAGGAAGAAAUGCACAGUUCAUUGAAGACCGAGCAUUUCAUGGAGGUGUUUAAAUUUCGCCGGAAAGCUAAUUCACCUUUGCAUGAGGAGCCUAUGAGCAGUCCAAGGGAAUUCUUGCUGGCCCACUAGUCUCCGACUUAGUGCAGGACUGCUACCACGGGAACUUGUAGCGCCCCAAAAGACAUUAAGUCUUCUGCCGCUGGCAACCACUCCGCGCUUGGAGUCAUGUGAUCAUGACGCCUGAGCGCCUGAACGUAAGAACAUUCAACCCCGAGGGUAGCCAAUUGCGGGGCCCACAAACUGCACCAUCACCCGAUCAACUGACCAGGCUGACACUGACUGACUCUCGCGUGACGCGUAUUCGCUCACGCCCACGUCACUCUAAAGCACGUGUAGGGGCCGAGUAUGGAGUCGCUGUUCCGAACUUGUAGCCGUCAGACGGUGGGGGAGCGAACUUGGGUUAUUCUGGCUCGUAACGGGGGUGGCGCAGACAUGACAACGGGUAAAUGAUUCAGUAGGUAAAAGUUUAUUGCCGAAACGUUAAUAAUAAUAAUAAUAAUAAUAAUAAUAAUAAUAGAUAAGCAAAAUGGUUUUCUUUAGCCUCUAGAAAUUGGGAAUGGAAACAACGGGUGUUGGUAAAGAGGUAAGUGUUCAGAAAUCGGUAUAAGGACCAGAAUAUCGCCGACAAGUGUAUGAUCUCUUUAGACGUGGAAUCCUUAUUUACCAAUGUACCAUUGGUUGAAACAAUAGAUAUUAUAUGCGCCCAUGCGUCCAAAACCCGACUCUCCCCCGAACUACUACGAGAUCUGUUGGUACUUUGCACCAAAGAUGUUCAAUUUCUGUUUAAUGGGGAACUUUACAGACAAAUUGACGGAGUCGCAAUGGGUAGUCCACUUGGGCCAACCCUCGCCGAUGUUUUUAUGGGUUACCUAGAAGAUAAGGUGUCCUCAGAAUUAAACAUGACAACAUUAUAAAGGAGAUACGUGGAUGAUAUAUUCACGAUUGUUGAUAACAAGGAAGACGCCUCCGACCUACUUUGCCUGAUGAAUAAUCUGCAUCCUAAAAUCAAAUUUACGAUGGAAAUGGAGCAGUUUAACAAGUUACCCUUCCUGGACGUCCUCAUGUUUAGAGAGGAUGAUGGUUCAAUAAGACGCUCCGUCUUCCACAAGACUACGUGGAAAGGGCAAUACCUACAUUUUAAAAGCUUUGCGCCAAUACAAUGGAAACGUAAUCUAGUACAUACUCUUUUUCAAAGAGCGAGAAAUAUUUGCUCCAGGGAGACCAUAGAUACAGAAACUGCCCUUAUCAAAGAAGCCUUACUUAAUCGUGGUUAUCCUGCACGCUUCAUUCAGAAGUACAGCAACCAUUUACGGCCAAAGUUGACGGAACAGUCCGCUCCGAAGAAGCCCGUUAUAAUAUGUCUACCUUUUAAGGGUGACAACGCCUCAAACACAAUCAAGCGACGCUUGCGUUGCACUAUAGAAAGAACGUACCACGUACUGUGGCGCUCUGAGAACACGCUCACUGCUUAGACGCUAUAAACUAUAAAAGACUGUCUGCAGCCCGUCUGAGGCGAUUUGGGGGCUCAUUACGCAUGAGAUAUCGGGAGGGAUGUGCUGCAGCAUCUCCACAACCUUCAUAAGUCACUUCUCCCGUACAUGUACGUGAAGAAGGAAUAAGGUAAGCGGCGGCCGCAGGUCCUUGUUGGGCAUGUCGAACAGAUUUCUAACAGUGUGACGGAGGCUGUGGUUUACAGGCAGGCUGCAUACAUCACACAGCUCCUCAGUUGUCAGAGCAACCGCUCAGCAACUCACAGGCGAAACUUUCAGGAGACGAACGUUGAAGCACUUCACCAACCGGGGUGAUAAAGGAUGUGAGGGUCGUUCUCCCGCAACAAAAUGGCGGGAAAUGGUCAUCUAGAGGCCGUUGUGUGCCGGUGUCUAGGUGCCUGCUCGUCGAAGGAUCCAAACAGCAGGUCCACUGGAGAAAUUUUGCGUCCCACCAUCUGUGAAGACGACGGUGUGCUGCAGGAUUAGGUGCUGGGCUUGUGCACCAACUUGGCUCCACCCUAGUUGGUGACGAUCAACGACCGUCUAAGCCUCAGCGAGAAUCCCCCGGAAAGGUAUCUUCAUAGAUGUUUUAGCAGAUUUUGAAUAAUUCAUAUUGAUCCAACUGUGAAAAUAUCGGCCCCUCGGUGAGAUUCGAACCCACGACAGCAAGGGAAAGGCUUUAGUACAGCCAACGCUCUAGCCACCUGAACUACGAGGUCCUACCCGGUGACGUGAGUUUAAUCACGUUUGUGUCCAAUUACCCGCCCAACCUACUGCAAAUUCUGGAAUCCACCAAAUCUGACACAGUACGCCGACCGUCCAAGCAGGAUUCCGUAAGUAAUCACAUGACUCUUACCGCGGACUGGGUGCCAGUGGUGGAAGGAUUAAUGUCUUUUGGAGCGCUACAAGUUCCCACAGUAGCAGCCCUGCACUAAGCCGGAGACGUGGGUUCGAAUCCCACCGAAGCGACGAGUUUUUCACAGUUGGGUCAAUAUACACUAUAUCUUAUCCCAUGCCUACACAGGUCAGACCGAACGCAAUCUCUGGUCGUGUAUACAUGAACACAAGUUGACUAUGCGACGCGGUGGCGAAGUAUCACAGCUGGCUACGCCCACCUUCAAAUUAGGACACAAUUUAAAUUUUGCUGACUAAGAUAAUUUCUCAAGCCAGUGAGAAGGCCAGCCGGAAGUUGAUUCGGCAAGGCACUGGAAUAGAAGUCUUGUGACAGGCUGUGCCUAUUUCCGUGUUUUUAUAUCAACGUUAGACCUGACUUUCACCUUCGCCUCGACCCGAAUCUCCCCGGAAAUUUAUCACAGGGCCACCAGUAUUAUGAGAUUCCUAUUCACGUGCCCUACCGUCGAAGUCUAGUUAGUUGAUGGGAACUCAGUCAACCGCCGUAUUAAUUUUACGUCCGCAUAUAGAAUCGUUAACAGUCAUCUCCGGACCUGCGACCUUGGUCUUUGGUUAGUUGUAGUACUUAAUAACUGCCAAUUGUUCUGUUGUUACUGUCAUUUCUGAUGAUUGACUCGUGUGUGUGUGUUCAAAAUCUUGGACAGCCAAACAAACUGUUCCGAUGCUCGGUCAGUCUCGAUUUCAGGAAUGAAUUGAUGUAAGUCAAGGGUCACGCCGGGGGCCGAACUUUUCGCAGUCAUGCUAUAAAAGGCAUGCUUCAUCAGAGGACACAUGGUCCGGUUGUUUUGAGGACUUCUGUCAUCAGACUGUUCGUUGACUGGGAACGAGUUGCGCUCGGUCUAAGCGCAGAAUUUCGUUUUUAACCUCGUGGGAUGGUCGACUCGGUUCAUACUAAUAAAGAAGUGGCGUAGUUGUAGCAACAGACACGACUGUGGAUAACUUAGAAUGCCACAAGCGAGCUGUUUUGAAUAGCCUUUAAGAGAGGAAAUAACUCAAGUCGCCCUCAAUAUUCUGAGCACGAUUUAUAUGCAUACUGUUAGCAAUCCCGAUCGCUCCACGUUGCGUGUUCUCAGAAGUCGUUUGUUUAAAUCUGUAGUCCUUGUUCAAGUGUAAGGCAGUAUAUUUGAACGCAUGUAACUCGGAAAAUAUUUACUAGAAGAGAAAGAAAGGACCUGGGGAAGUAUGAAUUCAGUAACCAGACAGUUCGAAAACGGAUAUGGGUCCAGCUUCAGAAUAAGAUGGCGCCGCACUCCAUUGUAUAUUACUGCUCAUAUUCGCGCUGGAAAACCGCUAAUUAAGUCGUUGCUGAGGUCCUUCCUCUGGUGUUUAUACCACAAUUGGGGGUGAGGAGGUGUGUAGUUCGGGCUAAACCGUGCGGGUGUGGUAAGACGUAUCAUAAAAGUAUUUACUGCGACGCACGGCCUCCAACGAGAGCCAAACUUUCGUCUGCGACCCCCCCCCCGAAGCUAGGCUCCGAGUGGCGGGCACACCCCGGCAACCGCCGUGACUGGCAGGAUAGAUCAGAUGAGGGCAUCCGGUGUUGUACGCCUUCCCUAGCCCAGUAAUACUGCUCCCUUUCUAUCUCUUGCCCUCCCUACUUUCGAAAAGUCCCACGGGGAGGGAGACAUGCAAGCACAUAGGCUGCCCAGGCUAACUCGGGUCGCUCUCCCAGUAGACAAAGCCAUGACCCAUAGUGUAGUUCAGCAGCUGUCUGGGCUGUCUGAGCAGAUGUGUUAAGGAGAAGCACUACUUACACCCUCGCGGGGUAAGAGACUAGAGUCAGUGUUCUAACCAAUUGCUGGAAAAUCACGCUAUCUGCAAGCAUAUUGUGAUUUGUAGAUGCAGAACUCGCAGUAGAAACAGAACACUGAACGACAGCCACACUCGUUCCCAUCCCCUCUGCCCAACCGCGAGGACUGCCAGAAGGAGUACAGUUACUGUGGCAGUCUGGAAUGUUCGUUCUUUUUUAGACAACCCGCGAAGCAACCGACCGAAAGGGAGGACUGUGCUACUUACUCAAGAACUAACGUGCUACAGGACUGACAUAGCCGCUCUCUGCCAGGCCCUAUUCCCCGAACAGGGCCGACUGAAUGAGGUGAGUGCUGACUACACCUUCUGCUGGAGCGGCCACCCAAACACAGAGCCAUGCGACGCUGAUGUCGCCUUUGCCAACCGGAAGGACAUCGGGGGACGAUUGUUCUGUCUUCUGCAGGACGCCAACGACCGUCUCAUGACCCUACGCCUGUCUCUUCGGCGAGCCAAAUUCGCCAGCCUCAUCAGCGCCUACGCCCCCCCCCCAAUAGCUAGCUCAGACGAGGCGAAGAGCAAACACCAUAUGAAAUUGUACCCUCUCCUGGCAAUUGUACAGAAGGCGGACAAGCUGAUUGCCUUUGGGAACUUCAAUGCCGGCGUCGGGACAGACCACGCUGCCUGGGAGGGAGUGCUAGGUCCCCACGGAAUUGGCGGCUGCAACGACAACUGA